UCUGUCUAGGAUUUAAUUAUGUGAAAGUUCAGGAUCUGAGUUGAAUAUUAAAACAGAUGGGUUGCUAGAAAUAGCAGCUUCAACCACUUUUCGUCAUUUAAUUAUUGGAAUGAUCCCUGUGUUUCGAAAUUUGAUCUCACUGACCUCAUAUUUUAAGAACGAUGAAUUAUGCAAGGAUGCAGUGGAACUGGUUUUCUGAAAAUUUUAAAGAUACUGAAAAUUAAAUUGCCGAUUCCGAAUUUGAAGAAAAGGGCAUUCGGCAAGCAGCGUAAAGUUAGCGAUUCAACAGAAUUCAAGCAGCUGACAAAACAAGAUGCGAAGAAUGAACUGGCCAAAGAACUCGAAAAAAUACUGAACACAGCUCCAUCUACUGUUGAAAAGCAGAGGACGGCGGAAGAAUUCAGAGGCUUCCAAAGGUUAUUUUCCCAGUUUCUUCAAGGAACGAGUAGCACCGUGCAAUGGGACAAAAUAGAACCUUUGCCCGAGGGAGCUUUUCAUAACAGUUUAAUUCUUACUCUUAAAAAGCGAUAA